AUGAGCACGUCGACACACACAAACUCACCCACACCACCAACAACAGCCUCCUCAAGAGCCCAAUCCCUUCACUCGUCCGUCUCCCAUCAGAGCAACCAGACCUUCUCUGCGUCCGACGCAGCUCGUCACCUGAGUCAGGAGCAUGUCUCUAGAGCUAGUCAAGAGAUGUUCAGGAAGGUUGCUGAUUAUAUCCGUGCCGAGAUGUUGGCAACGGGAGAGGAUUACAGGCUACUGGAGAAUAUGAAUAUCGUGACCAAGGACCGAUACAGCGAGCUGGCAGGGGUGGCACAGGAGCUCAUGCAGGAAGUCGGGAAACUGCGAACCACAUACUCGGACUUUGAGCCAUACCUCGAACGGAUUGACGAGAUCAGUCAACAGGCAGAGACGAUUAGCAAUAUCGCUACAGAACUGGAUGAGUACACAAAGUCAUUAGGUAUGCAACCUGGCAGAGAGGUCUGGUGUAGGAGCAUGUAG